CGGUUCAAUCUAAAUUCCUUUGGAAUUAAUUGUGACCAUUCUGUGUUGUGCUUGAUAUGCACUUUGUUAAACAGAAGAGAUGAUUUUUACUGAAGCAAAUCUUAUAUGAAAGGUCAUAUGAAAGGUUAGUCAGAUAUAUUUCAAACUGGAAAACAUGGAUGGAUAAUACUGAGAAGACAGAGGCAUGUAGCAGUUUCCUGACAGGAAUUCAAUUUACUGGAAGGGUAUCUUUGAUAAUGUUUAGUGCGUCACUAAAUUAUAAAUGGAAUGUCCAAAUCAUGAGAAGAACAUUUCGCAUCAGCAAUGUCCUCUGUAAAGAAGUAACGACUCAGAACCCAAAGUUAGUGGCAGACAAGGUGAUAGUUGCUGAAAACAGUUCUCUAACCCUGACGUGUAUCCUUCCAAGAGCAGUGGUCCCAACAGCUUGGUUAAGAAAUGGACUUGGCAGUAUUCUAAGGACAGGGUUUUUGGAAGGCAAGUGUGUGUCGGAUCCAUCGCCUUUACCUGAAGGAUUCAACUACGCAUGCGUCAAUGCUACUUUAACAACGCUGACUAUCUUGCGCGUAAACCUUUCGCAUGAUGGAGACCGCUGGCAAUGUAGCGUUAACACGGAUGGCGGAGUUUCGACAUUCAGCAACAAUAUCACCAUACAUGUUCAAGCACAGCAGCCAAUUCUCCAACCUGCUCCAACAACAACUGUGAUGGAGGGUCAGAAUCUGACACUAGUGUGCUCAUACACUGGGUCAGUAACCAUCACUGAUGUUAUUUGGAAUGAAAAUGGUAGAUCUUUAGGCGUUAUGAGAGUUUUACCGGCCAAUCCCUGUGCAUUGUAUUCGGAUCUUCGUAACACCAGUGAAUAUAGUUCUCAGUGUAGAGGAAACAACGUCUUUGCUGUAACCAUAAUCCGUGUAAACAGGAGCAGAAACAAUACAUUUUGGAACUGCGAAAUGUUGGUAGGAGAAACGUAUGUUUCUACUUUAAAGACAUCGAUUCAAGUGAAUGUUUCAAUAAAUGACCUUCAAAUAUCCCCAACGUUUGAUCCGGUAUUGCUAAUUGUAAAUCAGCGUACGACGUUCAAAUGCACGAGUGACUUCGGAAGCCCAAGUCCUUCAAUUUUCUGGUUCAAGGACAACGCAACUGAAGAAGCGACAUCAAUAUUACAGCUUCCUCGUUAACAUCAACGACUAGCCUGAAUAUCACCAUCAGCACUUUGACGUUUACCCCUUCCAGAUCGGAUCAUGGUAUGCGCCUCUACUGCAAUGGAAAUAACGGUGGACCCACAGUGACAUCAAAUACAAAACCGCGAAUCAAUAUUUUGUAUGGACCAACAAUGCCAGUAUUUCACUACAAUGGUUCGAAUGUUGAAGGAGCCAUUCACGCCCUUUCCGGCACGCAGUUCGUUCUCCGAUGUAGCAGUUUAGGCAAUCCUCACCCAUCAUUUACAUGGACAUAUGCGGGAGGCUCAGCGACUGGCGAGGAACUUGUAAUUUCUAAUAUUAGGCCUUUAAACGAAGGAAAUUUCACAUGCGUUGCUAGGAACUCGAUUGUGUCGUCAACAGGUGAUAUACUUGAACAACAACAUCAGGCGGCAGUGAUUUUUGUUCAUAUAGAUGUGCCAAUAACGCAGGUUGCACUUCUUGGUACAAAUGCUCAGAAUGUUGUAAUGAAAGAAAACGAUACAUCGACCUUUGAAUGCCAGAGCUCGCCAGGUAAACCUCCUGCAACGAUUCGCUGGUACAAGGACGGUGGGACACAAGCAAUCAUCGAAGAUGACAUUGGCCUUACUGAUUAUAACACUACAGCAAUGACAGAAUCGUCCGUUAAGAGCUUCUUGAAAUAUCAAGCAACAAGACUAGAUAAUGAAAUGAGCAUAUACUGCACGGCGUCCAAUGUUGGUCCAGUGAUUACCUCCCCUCAGCGAUCGAAACUGGUCAUAGUGUCAUUACCGGUUAUCCCUGAGGAACUUGCCUUAUCAAAUAUUGGAGUGGAUUCAGUAACAUUAUCAUGGCUUUACUACUCGGGAAAGCAUACACUUCCCAGAUUUAUACUUGGAAUGAAAGAGUCCUAUUCGGGAUGGACGGAACGUCUUUUACUGGACAUAUCCAAAAAUUACACGAGAAUAUCUACUAAAAUGACAAUGCUGAAUUCUUCAUUUCUCUAUUAUGUACGUGUGUAUGCUGAGAAUUCUCUAGGUCGAAGCGCUCCAUCACCCGUGGUAUCAUUUACAACACUAUCGGCCUCGAUGACAGAUUCAAGUCAGUCGUUACAGUCAGCGCAAUCUACCCAAGUAGGACCUAUCAUUGGAAGUAUUGUUGGAGGGACUGUUUUGGGGAUUGUAUUGGGCAUUGUCGGGACUUGGUUUGUUUUAGGUCGGAGAAAGAGAACAGAGGCUGGCGAAUGCUGCACAUGUUGCAUUUUAGAUAAAACCAACACAUACGAAGCUAAGAUCAGCUCAACCGGUGACGCAAUGUACUCUUCAAUCGAUGCCGCUACUCCAGUACAAAGGGAACAUUACUAUGACGAUACCGUAGCUGGUAGAGCACAAGUACCAUCCAAUCCAGUGGAGCUAGAAGGACAGAACGUUAUUGUAACAUCGUACGAAAACAUCGAUUCAGGGAAGCUACACAGGGACCAUGGCUCGACAACAUUGAGGUCAGCAAAUGUGAUGUUGUAUGAGUCACUUAACCAAGAAGGGCGGCAUCAGGAAGCCUGCGAAAUGAUCACGACUUCUUAGCAUUACAUCGCGCAUUUAAGUCAGAGAAGAUCGAUACAAUUUGUAAAGUGUUGUCCCAAUUAUCUUCAUCAAGUUUAAAAUGUUACACAAACUGCGAUGAAAAUAUGUCGUGUAUGUACUUAUUUGUAAUUGUGUUUGGUAAAAAAAGUUACAUUUUUCUUUUGAAGAGGUGAUCCCAGUUUUAAAUGUUACAUUAGCUUAACUUAGUUCACUAUGCUCGAGGUGCCUAUGAUAAGCUCUACUGUAAUGUCAAUCGGUCGACCAUUUCAGGCCUGGUCUGAGAUGAUAUGUGUUUUAUUAACAUUUUACAAUUUUGGCAAUAGUCACACUAUUUCAUUUUAGUAUCUUAAAAUUAUUGAUUUUAAGGCAGUUUUUUUAUUUUAUAAAUGAAAGUUAAGAUUAGCACUUUCAGUUAACUGUACAGUUGUUGCAUUUUUGAAUGCAUUAUGUAUAUUCUCUCUUCAGUAAUUUAGUAAUCAUGUUGUUUAAAUGUCAGAAACAUCUACAUAUAUCAAGAUGAAAACAUUGAUAUUGCAUACAUAGGUUAAAUGGUAGUUGAUCUACCAAUACACUAGGUUACCAACAAGACAAUUGAAUCAACACAUACUCAUUCUCAACGUAAGUGGUCAACCACUGGCUUUGUCACUGAAUAAAACGUAAUUCAUUAUAGCUCAAUAAACCCUCUACUGCCAUUACUUACUUAUACUCAACAGCCACACAUCUACUCACACUCACUCACUCACUCACUCACUCACUCACUCACUCACUCACAAAUUCACUCGUAUUCAUAUCACCUACAUAAGCCCCACUCAUACAACUCUUAUUCACACAAUCACACUCACUCAUUCACUCACGUAAUAUAUGUACUAUCUUUUACCAUAAAUAUGUUCUCUGUAUUAUGUAGACUAUUUUUUGUAUAGUCUCUUAUAAUUCAAAUUUGAAUGUCCAUUUACAGAUGUUGUUAUAUAUGUAUUUUUAUAUCUUGUAUAUACUAUGUUGUACAUGUAAAUGAACGAGACUAGAAAAAAAUAAUCCAUUCAAAAUUACUGUAAAUAAACUGCUCAGAGCAAUACUAUUUAAUUUAAAAUGCAUCACGAUCGUGAUUUUAUUGAAAAAGACCGGUAAUGUAAACGCAUUUGCUUUUCAAUUUAUGUUUUAGUGAACCGAAUAAAACGCAUUAUGUAAAUACCUUUCUUGGCAACUAGCACAGAUAAUACACAUUUUUAAAAGUUAUAAAGUGGGUAAGCGUGUCGUUAAAUGGAUUUAGUUUGAUGGCUGAAACAGUGUCAUUGAUCCAAUAUAUAAUUUUAGAUUUCUGAGUUUUUGUGUCAGUGAUAGUAUAAAUAGUAUUAUUUGUAUUCAUUUCAUUAAUUAUAUAAAGUACAUUAAUUUGUCAUGAAAAUAAACUAAUACAACUCGUU